CGGGGAUCCACAAAACGGGUGUAUUGCAUAUUGCUAUAUAUAUGAAUUUAAGCAAUACUAUGCUUCUAAAGUGUCUGGUGCGAUGGUCUCGUCGCUUAUCUUAUCGCAUGCCUACCGACUUGGAGGGACGUAGGGCAAAAAAAGACUUUUAUUCUCGUGCCGUCGGUUUAUGCGGCGCAACUCCACGCGGCAAUCCGAAUCCCCGAGAACUAUGAUGAACUGUUCGUGUCGUGCGACUCCCUUGAGGAUAUUCAUCCAGAGCCUCACAGAUCUUCGCUUGUCUAAUCCAGCUACUGCUAUAACCACGCGGCGGAUCCAAUUUAGCUAUCCGAGGGCCACCGGUUGCCAACUACGAUGCAGUCCCUCCCAACCCUUCAGUGCUGCAGCCUCCUUAGGUCUUCCGGGGACGACGACCCCUGACGAGCCGGCUACUCGUUCCCCAGCACACGGCCAAUCGGCGGAGGCUCCUAGACGGAGUCCGUCCGACGGUAGCACGGCUGGUAGACGCCGCGGAAGACUGUUUGAGGUUUCCGAGGACGCUGUAGCCAAGGGAAAGCUGCAAGGCGCAAUCGCCGAGUUGUCACUCGAAUCGAUCGAUGCUCUGCUUGAAGAUGCGGACAGAAAUUCAUUACCGGCGAAGAAGAAGAAGAAGAAGAAGAGUCAUGCGCGACCUGUUACCGAUCGCAAGGCGACAGCUCCGUUUCCGAAAAUUUCUCGGCAUCUAGAUCCUGAACGAGAUGCGCAGUCUGACGAACAAGGCCUGCCUGCUCUCGGUUCUAAAGGGCCCAAACGACUCAAGCGAAAAGCUCGACAUAGUAAAGACACCCGCUCUGCUGUCGGUCCCGUAUUAGAGACACAGUCCGACAUGGGUACUCUACCUGCAGCUGAUUCUCAACUGGAGGCGCCCGUCCUGCCCAGCAAGCUGAAGAGGCGGAAGAUCGUGGGACGACUGCGUACGAAAAAAAAAACCGGGGCGUCAAAGAUGCCUGCGAAGUUGCGGCGCCAACCGUGGUUUAUCCAGAAAGAAGCGCUCCAGCAGAAAUUUCCGGAAGGUUGGAACCCGCGCAAACGGCUGUCGCCGGACGCGAUCCAGGGGAUCCGCGCGCUCAAUGCGCAGUUCCCCGAUCAGUACCGAACGGAGGCGCUGGCGCGCAAGUUCGAGGUGUCGCCCGAGGCGAUCCGACGGAUCCUCAGGACGAAGUGGACCCCCAGCGCCGAGGAGGAGAUCGAUCGCCAGGAGCGGUGGUUCAAACGCGGCAAGAAGGUCUGGGCACGGAAGGUGUUGCUGGGCGUCAAGGCGCCCAAACGGUGGCGCAAGGAGGGCAUCGUCCGCGAUCCGUAUUGGAACCGGCCGCGGGGACAGCCUACUCCACGCCGGCGACCCCUACGGCCGAACGAGAUCCCCUUUGUGAAUCUCUAGUCUAGCGUCGCUCGGAAGAAUCUCCACUAUGUACGAUUACGCUGUGGGUGGCACCUCUUCGAUUGGGAUGGGAUAGAUAAUAGUGACUGAGGACCGCCAGUGUGCUCAAGAGUUGACUGCAUCAACUCCAAGAAAGGGGCGAGUGGCCAUUAUAAAUUUCUCACAUCGUUUCUUCGCUCUAAGCCACCACCUAGAAAAUACAUUCUAGAUUUUAAUAAGCGUAGAGAUGGGAGACAUGGGAGUGAAAGCAACGACGAGCCUCUCUCCUAGCUGGUUUUGGGGGGCACCUUUCGGCUUUCCUCGACGGGGGGGGAAACGACUGUAUUCACAUUCCCAAUGCCAAUCAUCCAUGUGCUCGGCGCAUGACAGCAAUCUUCUGGUUAGCGCCGUUGGCCAUGCAGGUCUGAUCACUGGACUAGUCGCCUGAUUGGAAAGAUGUGCUGUU